AUGGCUGCCAGUGCUGCUGGGGCCAAAGCCCGCCCAAGCUUCGACCGCCUCUGGCGCUCCGCAGCGUCCAGAGUGAGGCUUCCGAUUCUGGUACUGUGUUUGGUCGUCGUGCUCGUGCAUGCCGACCGCACAACGCCGCAAAGUUUCCUUUCCCGUCCAGGGUGCAUCGGCACCUCCUGGAGGACUCCCCGACCGCAGAGGCGAGUGGCCACUGCAGGUGUUUCAGAAGAUGACAGCGACCGCGCGAUGCGAGAGGCACGCAACUUCAGGCUCAACCUGGGACAUGCGCUCGACGUGCUGAGACGAGAUGUGCCUCACAUGUUUGAUGCAUCGUACGACUUGGACUACUCUAUUUUCAGCCCCUCAGUGGUGGCAGAGGACGCUCGACUACCGAACGUCCAGAUGAAGGGACUAUCGGCCUACCGGACGACGAUUGAUCUGAUGCGCCAAGUGGUGAGGACCACCUGUGACCACCACAAGAUGGAGAUACAGUCCAUCAGCGUUCCUGUGAACAGCGUCGUCUACGUGAGGUGGCGACUCCAGAUCUGGCCCAAGGAUCCGCUGGGUCCGGCGAAGGCAUUCCUGCCUCCUGCCUGGCGUCUGUCCAGCUUGCCUCUCUACGGAUAUGGCGCUGCAGUGGAGCCGACCAUCCUCGAGGGCUACUCGAAGUACGACUUCGACGUCUGGUCCGGUGAGAUUGUGAAGCAUUCCGUCGAAAUCAAUCUGCCGCCGAUGUUCUUGAAGGACGUUGUUCAGCCAGCAAAGCCGAAUCCGACCUUGCUCUUUGGGAAGCAAGCCGAACCGGCUGAGGAAGAGCCGUACCUCGGUGACGAAGUUGUCCAAAGAGCCGAGGACUUCGGGGUAUGGAUUCCAGUUUGCAACUUGUGUGAUGCAUCUGUGGGACUCGAGGUGGGCCACUUGACUGAGGCCCACGUGGCCCUGACCAGGGACCGAGUGGAGGAUGCUUACGUCUUUGCCCUGGAGGCCCUACAUGAGCCCGCCGGCUGGGAGCAGAUCCUCCCCAGCUCCCUCGAGACAGUUCUCCGAUCCUUGCUGCAGUCGCAGCUCCAUGGCCCAGCAGUCAAGCUGCUAGAAGGCAUGUGCCAGCCAGGAGCACCGGCGCCGGGCGACCAGAUCUUCAACAUGAUGCUGGAUGCUACAGUGCGGACCCGCUCAUGGACGGAUGCCUGGGAUGUCUUGGACUUGCUCCUUCGAUGCGGGCGGAAGGCAGACAAGUACUUCGUCUCCAUCUUGACGAAGAGUUUGGAGUCCUCCACGGAUAAGCGCAGCGUGCGCCGGGGGAUUAGCCUCGUUGAGGCCUUCAUUGACCAGCAGAAGGAGGAUGUUGAUGAGAUCGUCUUCAACUCCUUGCUGAACGUCUUGGGGCAGACUGGUGACAUGGUGAAGCUGCAGCAGACACUGAACAAGAUGAACGACUAUGGGGUUGCACCCUCUGCUGUUACCUUUGGCACCGUUGUGAAGGCAUACGGGCGCGCCAGGGACACCGACUCGGUCAUCAAAGUCUGGCAGCAGAUGCGCAGUCGGUGCUUGGGCAUCAACCCGGUCACGUGCGGUUGCGUGUUAGACGCCUGUGUGAAAUGCAACAGCCUGGACAAAGCAAUGGCAAUCUUCCAGGAGAUGCGCAUGCAGGGCAUGCACAAGAACACAGUUCUCUAUGCGACGUUGAUCAAAGGCCUCGCGAAGAUGCGCGACCUGCAGGGGGCCAUGAACCUCUACCACGAGAUGCGAAUGGAGCAGGUGCCGUGCAACCUCGUCACUUUCAACUCUCUCAUGGAUGUCUGCGUGCGCUGCAGUGAUCUUCAGACGGCUGCAUACUUCUUGCAGGACAUGAUGCAGAUGGGCAUUGAACCCGACCUCAUCACCUUUAGUACCCUCAUCAAGGGCUACAGCCAAAUCGGGCAAGUGCACAAGGCUUUGGCCCUCUGGAAAGAGCUGAAGGCUAGGAACCUGAAGUGCGACGAGAUCAUGUACAACAGCCUCAUCGACGGCUGCGCCAAGUCCCAGAAGAAUCCAGCAUAUCCGAACGAGGACGUUGAUGUUUUCGCAGAGCUGCAGCGCUGCAGUGAGGCUCUGAGCGCCAGUGCCGCCGACCCGGCGGCGCGGCGCGCCGCCACGGCGGUGAUGGAUGAGAUACGACGCUACUUCAACCGCCAGGAUGUCUGCGGCUCGCCCAAUGCCCGCACCGUCUUGGCUGGUCAUCUGGUGCGCUUCGCAGCCGACCUCCUUUUGAGGGAGACGGCGAAGGAGGCGCUGCGCUGGUGGACAGAGUUCCUUCUGCGGGUGGAGGAUGCGCGGCCAUUUACGAAAAGCAACUGGGCUCAUUCGUCGACAUUUGAAGAGACCCUCGGCCGCUGCCGCCUCGUGCUGCUGGAUUUGAGCAAGGAGGAAACGAGCCACAUGCCUCUCUUCCGACAGCUCCGAGAGACGCUGCGCGAGGCUCACAACCUGGGUCGCCACGCUGCGGACAGUCUCAUGGAGCUGCUGUACAUAGCACUUCGGCAAUCGCCGACAGAGCGCUUUGCCUUCCUCGAGCUUUCCCAGCAAGUGGAGGCGGGCAGCUCAGCUUCAUCUUUCACGAUGGUGGAGGACGAAAUUAUCUACCACAUCUUGCACAUAGAGAAGUGUCACGUGGCCGAUCUUCUUGCCGACUGCUUCUUGCAACAGCUGCAGGGUGCCACGGAGCAUCCGCAGGAGGACCUCUCGGAUCAGCUGGACCACGCCGGCCACACCCGGGAGUCCCUGGCAGCCCGCGCGCGCGUGCAGCAGCUGCUGCGGAUUCUGCACGAGCAUCUCCUCGAUCCUGCGAGGAGCCCGGGAGGCAACACAGGUCUACUGCCCAGCACGGUGCACAGCCUGGGCGAUGAGACAUGGCUGGCCUUCGUUGAACUGCAUGGCCUCUACUGCCUCCUCGCAGCUCUGCUCCAUCGGGCUGCCAUCUGCUUGGAGGCCAUCCAGGACUAUGCCAAGUUCAUGUGCUUCUUGCCGGUGCAUCAGGCCUCUCUGCUCGACCUCGCACCAGUGGUACCAUCCAGUCCGGCAAUGCUGCUGAUUGAACAGCUCUUCCCUCAGCUCAGAGCGCACAUUGUGCAGAAGACACAGCAGAUCAUGGAUGCCUACGAGCGCCUCCCCCGGCAUACAGCUCCGCCGGGCCGGGUUGCGGUUCUGACAAAGGGACGAGGACUACUACAGAAGCUGGAGCAGACGGCGGCCUCCUGCCAGUCUGCCAAAGAGGCACUGCGAGCGGUCACGCCCCAGGCGACGCUGAAGGAUUUCCAUCGCUGGAGGGCGACGGACCUGCGCUGGAGACAGUUCGCACGUCUGCACCUGGCAGCUCGGGCGCUGUUCUCCCCGGAGCAGCUACAAGCACUGGAGGUCGGCACAGUGGCAGACUCUCUGAUGAGGGGCGUGCCUCAGUUCGCUCUGGAGGGACCUGCAGCAAACCCACCAGAGCGAAACCCCGAGCCCACGGAGCCUCGCUACGAGGGUGGAUUGGCUCGCUUCGUGGACGAGGACACCCGCUUGCACCAGGCGGCCUGUGGCCUGGCUUUGCUGGGCGAGACGGCCUGGAAGAGAGCCUGGGUCGCGGCAUCUCUCGUCAAUGACACCGCCAAGCACCUGCUCCCGCAGGACGCGGUGUCCGACAUUGCCCCCCUGGGCUACGCGAAGGUCUCCCGCCUGGUCGAGGCCUUCAUCCAGGCCACAGGAGUUGGUGCCUCCAAGCUUGUGCCUCGUACAGUUUCAGGGACAUCUAGCAUGGAUUGGAUCGUGCUAGAUGACCACGGCCAAGCGAUAGAGACCUGGACCGUCCAGGACAGCCUGCCAGAAGAGUAG